UGUGUCGGUGGCUCCCGUAGCAGCUAGUGCGGCUGGGUUUUGCUGUUGGCUGUUUGUUUUGCUCAGUCUUUUAAACAAGGCCUUAUGUUGUCCACAUUGGCCUUGCACUUGCCAUGUAGCCAAGGAUGAGCCUAAACUCCCAGUCUCUUCCUUCUACCUCCAGGCACGUGUUUUACACAGCCUUCAGCUACUACACCUGCACGUGUUUGUAUUUUUGAGACAGCUACUACACCUGCACGUGUUUGUAUUUUUGAGACAGGUUCUCACUGUUGUAGCUCACACUGGCCUCAAAUUGCUCUCCUCCUUCGUAGUCUCUGAGUGCUAAAAUUAUAGGUAUGUGCCAUCAUGCCAGACCUGGGGGAGUUCUCAGAGUUAACGAUGAAGAUGUCAGGCUAAUGUUAUGGGACACCGCAGGUCAAGAGGAAUUUGAUGCAAUAACGAAAGCAUACUAUCGAGGGGCCCAGGCUUGUGUGCUUGUGUUUUCUACCACAGACAGGGAAUCUUUUGAGGCAAUUUCCAGCUGGAGAGAAAAAGUAGUCGCGGAAGUUGGAGAUAUACCAACUGUGCUUGUACAAAACAAGAUUGACCUGCUGGACGACACGUGUAUCAAAAAUGAGGAAGCUGAGGCUCUGGCCAAGAGGCUGAAGUUAAGAUUCUACAGGACGUCUGUGAAGGAAGAUCUGAAUGUGAAUGAAGUUUUUAAAUAUUUGGCUGAGAAACAUCUACAAAAACUCAAACAACAAAUAACCGAAGAUCCAGAGCAGACGCAUUCAAGUAGUAACAAAAUCGGUGUCUUUAACACAUCCGUUGGAAGUCACUUGGGUCAGAAUUCAAGUACCCUUAACGGUGGAGACGUCAUCAAUCUUAGACCUAACAAACAAAGGACCAAGAAAACCAGAAAUCCUUUUAGCAGCUGUAGUAUACCCUAAGUUGUUUCAGGGAGGGGAGCAGGAUUGCAUUUGCAGUUCCCUGAGGAGCACCCAGCAUCACUGUGUGUUCGAGUCUUAGCGGACCUUGCACCUCGCCCUGAAAGCUGACAUUGUAAUGUUGCCCUGCAGCGCUUCUCAGAUGUAGAUGGAGACCUCUGCUGGAAAAUUACUGCCUUGGGCAUUCAUUCUACUUCUUCACAUUAGACGAAGCUUCUCCUGUUUUUGAAGGGACACCACGGGACAUGUCAAAAACGGGUUUUGCUGAAUUUUAAAUGCUGAAAACAAAAAUGAAAUGACUAAAUAUAUUGGGUCCAGUUUUACUCUUAGAGACUAAGGAGAGAUAGCAAGUGUUCUUUUUCUGGAACUGAUCCUCUAGCUUUUCUGGAAUGUUCAUUCUGAAUACUGAAGGAAAAAUUCAGACUUUGUCAGCCUGCACUACUGUGUGUUGUCAGUGGUCCUCGUGCAAUAUCUGUAAAGUGUAGAUUGUGGGCUUGUGCAUGCAGACACCUGGCCCCAGAAAACAAAGGUCUGUGCGCUAGUCAAGGGUUUGUAGAUUCUAAGUAGGUCACCCAUACAACCAUUACACAUUGUCUGUCUUUAUGGUCUCACAUGAGAAUGUCGAGACAUAUUUUACAAAAUGAACUUGGACUUAAAUGUACUGUGUGCCAAAACAGCCCCCUAAUUUUUACAGUGCUUUGGUAGUAGGAUUUGUAUUCGUGGCAUCUUUUAAAGGCAGUGUCCUCUCCAACAGUGUAGGUGAAGGUAAUGUAAACAUCCGAAUGCCAGACUUCUCCCUAGUGAGAGUCCUGCAUUCUUCUCCGUGGCCACUGUAAGAUGGCAAGCUCUUGCUGUCACAAGCUUAGCCACAUCCCCCGGUCCACAGGAGCCAACAGUCACUCAGAAGAUCCUGGGAAGUGUGUGCACACUUGCUUCCGGGCUGAUGACUGAGACCCCAACUCUGAACUUUGAAGAUGAAGGGAGCCAUUUUUUCAGAAUGUACAAAAGAUAGUCUCUGGUCCUGACCCAGAUUAUGAAUUUUCUGGAGCCUUGCAACUCUGAAGUAUCCUUCUGUUUACACACCUUGUAUAGCAUUUUAAGACUAUUGCUUGAACUUUUGUGGCCUUUGGUUUACACAGACCCUUAUCAGGAGCUGUCAGCCCCGAGAUGUCUGUAAAGAAAUGACCCAGUGUGUAAAUGAUGCUUGUAAACUUGUAGUUUGGGACACUAGCCUGCCAAAGAGAGAUAAUUUCAUGAGGUCUUUUAAAAAAACUGAAUAUUCGUCAUUGCUGGUUUUAUUUUUAAAGCUUGAAUCACUCCUUUCCACAUUCCUGGUUUUCACAGGAUUUCAAAUAUAUAAAAAUGAUUUUUCUUGAAAAAUGUGCUAUGACGUCAUUUUCUAUUAUUUUUAUCAAAAUAUGUUCAAUAUAUACAUAAAUGAUUGAUGUAUUUCUCUUGUUCUUUUUUGUUUUUAAGUUCACCCCCAUUGUACUGCCCUCACCCUGCCCAGAUUGAUGUUGAGAGCAUAGCAGAAGUCACGGAGUGCCCUUGUUACGUAGUCCACACUGAAUGCUCGCCCUUCACAGCAAUGAAAGGGUCUGGCCUCAUCCAUCCCCAAGUAGUAAAGAUGCUUGUUCUGUGUUAUCUGCUGUUAGCACUCCCAUUGCUGGCGGUGGGCUAAGAGGUGGGGGCCUUGGUUCCUAACCAGGGUCCCUGGGUGCCUGUGUGCCUCAUGGUUUCUCUCAUACAGUCGCCUUAGCUUCUGCACAAAGUGUGUUUGGUGGCAAGUGGUCUUGUUAUUUUUAAUUGGCAGGGUUAAAUUGGAAGAAUUCAUUAUAGACCAUUGUAGCUUAAUCAUAGUCACUAAAUGUGUGGGGAAAAGGUGUGUGGUACUUCUCUGUAAAAUAAUGACCCAGUCUAAUUAUGGCUGCUGAUUCCUUAAUGUUUGUAACAGAAUUUUAUGUAUUUUGUUUUAUCUUUUUUAAUGGAAGUCUUUGUUACACAUUUGAAGUUUUACUUUGCAUUGCUAUAUUUUAUACUUUGAGAAGUCUAACAUCAGCCACAAGUAAUUGAUUUAUCAAUGUAUUUAAUUCUGAAACCUUUAGAGGUCACCUUGCUUUCUUUUGUGACUGUAACUUUGGUGAAGCCCCUUGGUGAUGAUAAAGAGAACUCUGUCCAUUUGUGCUCUAGUUUUCUGGCAUCAUCUCCCGUGGUUAGGGUCAAGCACACAGCUGUGGAAUAAUUGCCAUAUCAAAGAGUUCCUCAGGUUUCCUCUUCCAGUCUCUGCCUAUGUACAUAAAACGGCCCUGUGAGGCAGUACAAAUAAACACAGGUUUAACUGUUCCUUUCUAUCCACUCAAAGUGACAGCACACAUCUUUUUCAAAUUAGAGCUAACACUACCACAGAGAAGCUGUAUGACCGACGCUUCCCUGCAGAGUGAAGUUAAGCAGUUGCUUCUGACCUGGGAAAGCAGCGCUGAGAAGAACUUGGGAGUGUGGGCCCGCCCUGUGCUUGCCACCAGGAACUGGGGUCUAGUCAGAACAUUAGGAUGAGGAGUUGGCCUUAGAAUCCAUCAUCCUUUGGAGAGAUUCUGGUACCUGCUGUGAGGUACUCUGGGAACACCUCAUUGGAGCAUCACUCACAGACCGACCGCAGGGGGCUCACAGGGUGAGCGCAUCCUCCGCUGCAACCAUUCAGUGACUAGGUGGCUUUAAUCACCAUAACUUGUUACUCUGAAGGGUUUCAUAGAUGCAACUUAAAAAGCUAUCAUACAAAGGAAAUUAUCUGCAUACAGGUACAUAAACCACAGUGGGGUCUGAAAUACCCAGGCACCAAGCUCCCAGAUAAUGGAAUGAUUUGGCCACCAGAGUCUUUGUUACUACUCCUGAUGUCUCUUGAAAUAUCUAUAGUAGGAUGUUGAUAAAUGGUAUUUUAAAAACAAAAUCUUUGGAUCAAAGGAAAAACUUUACCCCUCCUAUAUUUUUGUUACUAAUAAAUAAUGCUUUUGUAAAUCUGAAUGGGAAACUACUUGUAUGUAUUCAUACUGAGUGGUACUUAUGCCUUUGGGGUUAAUUUAAAAAUGUACUACUACUUGAUUACAAUUUCAACAAAGAUGAAUUCCAAUAACCAAAAUAAUAAAGCAUUUUAAAGCUA